AUGUUCUCACUCCGCACCCUCCCACAUCCAUGCACCCUCCGCAUCAUCCACCUCCUCCCGCCUUUCUUCGCCCUCCUCACAGCCCUCUUCCUCAUCCUCUCUGGCGUCACCGGUACGAGAGUAGGAUUCUACUUUUUGAGAGUCGAGUAUUGGGGGGAGACGGAGGUGGGUGGGGAGCAAGGCGAUGGGGAGGUUUGGGAGGUUGGAGGGUUGGGGAGUUGUGAAGUUGGUCAAGACGUGUCGAUGGAAAGGAUGGAAGGGAGAGCUGAUGGGCUGCUGGAUUAG